GUUUUUUGGCGCCAUUUUUUCUCCAGUGAAUUCAUCAUGAACUACGGCGGCGGCUACGAGGCUUAUGGCAACGACGACUACUCUGGCGGAGGCGGCUUCAUGUCCAGCCAACCCUCGGGCAGUCAGUCCACCCCCACUAAGCGCAGCGGUGGCGCACAGAGCAUCCUUCCCGUGACAAUCAAGCAGCUACAGUCGCUAAACACGGGAGACGAUGACGCAGUGCGUCUGGACGGCCAAGAAGUGUCCACUGUGAGGCUCGUGGGGCUGCUUACCAAUCUCACGCCACACUCCACGAGCCUGCGCUUCCAACUAGACGACGGCUCUGGAUCCUUCGACUGCCAAUACUUCGUCAACGCCGACGAAGACGCCAGCGAGGGAGACCUGAGGGAGGGCAGCUACGUGCGCGUGGUAGGCAAGCUGCGCUCAUUCCAGGGCAAGUCCAGUCUGUCCUGCUUUAACGUUGUCCCCGUACAGGACAUGAACGAGUUGACGCAUCAUCUUUUGGAGGUGAUUUACGUCCACUGCUACAAUACCAAGGGCCCGCUGAACGACGGCAAGGCGGACGUCACGAUGACGUCGUUCAACACGCCUACGAAGGGAGCGAACCAAUGGAACCAGCCGAAUGCUGGUGCUACGGGAGGCUUCGGGGGAGGUAUGGACUACGGUAUGAUGGACUCCAACUUCUCGCCGGAACAGAAGGCCAUUCUAGAUGUCCUGGGCACGUGUACCAGUGACCGCGGCCUCAAGAUCGACCAGAUUUACGCCGACCUGAAUGGACAGAUGAAUGAGCAGCAACUGCGAAGUGCACUCAACUAUCUCACUAGUGAGGGACACGUGUACUCGACUAUUGAUGAGGACCACUUCAAGCGCACGGCGUAGAGCAGUAAGAAGGAACUUGUAGCUCUGCACUCAUGCAUAUCUCCUCUAAUUAGUCCAGGACCAUUUCAACUCAUUUCUUAUUUGAGGCUCCGUACUCAUUGGCUCUAUUUUAUACACCCCCUCCAUCAGUUCUAGA